AUGGCAACCAGAGCUCUCGUAGUCGGCGGCACCAACGGCAUCGGCUACGCCAUCGCCUGCCGGCUCGCCGCCGACCACCCCGACUCGACCGUCAUCAUCAGCGGCCGCACCGAGCCCAAGAACAUCCCCCACCCCAACAUCCAGUUCCGCCGCCUCGACGCCUCCUCCAUGAAGGCCAUCUCGGGCUACGCGGAGCAGUUCAAGUCCGUCCGGGAGGAGUGGGACAUGCUCGUGCUCUCGCAGGGCAUCCUGACCACGGCCGGCCGCGCCGAGACCGCCGAGGGCAUCGACAACAAGAUGGCCCUGCACUUCUACGGCCGCCAGCUGCUCAUCCGCGAGCUGACCCCGGCCCUCAAGAGGGACGGCAAGGUGCUCGUCGUGCUCGACGGCGAGAGGGGCGACCCGGCCAAGCUGAUCUGGGACGACCUCGACCUCAAGACGCACUUCAGCAUCGCCAACGCCGCGGCCCACUGCAUCUCCAUGACCGACGCCAUGGUCCAGCGGUACGCCGCGCAGCAGAAGGAGCUCGGCACCCAGCGGCACUUUGUGCACGCCCUGCCGGGCUUCGUCAACACCAACAUCGCCGCCAACCUGCCCUGGUACCUCAAGACCCCGACGCGCGUCCUGAGCAGCGUCCUGGCCACGACGCCCGAGGCCUGCGCCGAGCACAUGCUCAAGGGCACGUACGACUGCGCCGCGGCCGGCGCCAGGGACGGCAAGCUCUGGAGCUGCAUCAAUGCCAAGGGCCAGGUGGUGCAGAACAAGCCGAAGUGGACGCAGGACCAGCUCGACAAGGUCGAGGCGCACACGUGGAAGAUUGUCGACGGUGCUUUGGCUGCCUGA